AGAACCACGAUCAAAAACGGUGUAGCCAAUAAAUAUUUCUCAGUGUUUUUGUCCUAUCUGAGCAGUUUCACGCAAUAUUUUAUCAUGUCUGUAAAAGAGGUAGUCACACUACAAGUGGGACAUUAUUCCAACUUUGUUGGUGCCCAUUGGUGGAACAUACAAGAAUCAUCGUUUGUUUAUAGCCAGUCUCAAGUAGCAGGGCCAAAGGAAAUUUGUCAUGAUGUAUUGUACAGGGAGGGGGAGAAUAGACGUAGGGAGGUCACCUUUACUCCAAGGCUUGUUGCAUUUGACCUAAAAGGAAGUCUGAAGACACUUAAACAGGAAGGAGUGUUAUACGAGACAGGAGCAGAAGGGGAGGACAUAAAAUGGAUCGGGGAUGUGACAAUGCACAAAGAAGUCUCCGAACCACGAAACCCAUUCUUAAUGAGUCUGGAAGAGAUUCAGGAGAUAGAAGAUGAAGAUCAGUCCACUUGCAAGGAUAUUACAGAUGACGAAAAAUAUGACAAUACUGUAAACAGCAGGAAGAAAAAGAUUCAGCAGGAUCAUCAGCUGGAAAAAAAUGAAGAUCCCGACAUUUUUGCAAAAAAGGAACACUGUACUAUGGAAGAUCAUGUAACAGUUUGGUCAGAUUUUCUAGGAACUAAUUUUCAUCCGAAAUCUGUACACAUUGUAGAGGAAUACAAGCACAAAGAUGAAUUAAGUUCCUUUGAUUUGUUUAACUCUUCAGAUGAGGUAUUCGCAAAUUAUGAAUCUACUUGUGAAUGGGAGGAUAGAAUCCGUUAUUUCACUGAGGAGUGUGAUAAUUUACAAGGGUUCCAUGUGUUGCUUGACACGCAUGAUGGAUUUGGUGGCCUAGGAGCUGGUAUUGUACGUUAUUUAGAAGAGGAAUUUCCCGGAAAAGGAAUUUUUACAUUUGGUUUCACGCCAGCAGAUGCUCCAGAUGACAGUGCACAGGUUCGAGCGACAAGAAUUAUAAACUCGGCAUUAGCAUAUGAGAACGUGAGUACACACAGUUCUCUGUUUGUACCAGUCUCAUUAGCAUCAAGUCUCUGGAGAAAUUUAGGAAAACCAGUCGAAUUUCCAUACUUGAACUACAAAUCAAUUCCGUAUCAUACCAGUGCAAUUUUAGCUUCAGCUUUGGAUACAUUAUCUCUUCCAUACAGACUUGAAACAGGGGCAAUUGAUUUGAGGGACAUAACUCAUUCCUUUAACACCCAAGGUAGAAAAGUAGCCACACUGAACACUAGUUUUCCUUUAGGACUGUACAAAGAUGAAAGUUUAAUAGACUUUUUCAGUCAGCAUGGUAAGAGGUUUCCAUGGCAGCCAGUGACUCCUCAUGUACAAAAUGAAAAACUGCCUUUCAUUCAAUCAGUGGUGAUGCGAGGUGUGACAGACUCGUUGGUUGCAAGCAAAACAGACCCACAGAAGCUGCCUGAAUAUCUCACGAGAUUAAGUACAAAAGAAGAGGUCUUGAGAAAUUAUCUUGAACAUAUGAGCUGUGGAAAUCUGUUUGCUUCAACCUGCUUAGAAAGUGCUCUGAAAACCAAAACUCCUUAUCCUCAGCUCUUUAGUGAUAAUGUCACUAGCGAUGGAUUCGUUAGUCCAACUUCCAGACCUGCGGAUAAGCAAGUAGACUCUGUGCCUAUGAUUACAUCUUUACAAUGUACGCCUGACGCUGGUAUCGUAAUUAGGCAACUGUAUGAUGCAGUGUCAAGGAUGAACAUUAAGAAACAUCAUAGGCAUUUGUCAGCAGGACUAGAAGAAGAUGAUUAUGAGGAAAUUUUGGCUAAUCUCGAAGUUUUAGCUGCAAACUACAAUACAGAUGCUGAAGCAUUAUAAACACUGUGGCGUACUUUGGAUGUCUUACCAUUGUGACUGUGGUUGCUGUUGAGGAAUAGCUGGUUCUCCAGUGUGUAACAAGCCAGCCAAAGAAACCAAUUGAUACAAAUUAUUGAGAGCCCGCCCGCUUAGCUCAAUAAGAGAGCACAGAUCUACGGGGUUGAAGUUUCGAUCUCCAGGCGGGGCGUACGUUCUCCGUGACGAUUUGAUAAAAGAUAUUUUGUCUGACAUCAUUCGUCUUCCACCUCUGAUUGAUGUGGGGAUGUUGGCAGUUACUUGCAGAGAACAGGUUUGUACUGGUACAGAAUCUAGGAACACCGGUUAGGUUAACUGCCCGCUGUUACAGAACUGAAAUACGGUUGGGACGGCGUUAAACCCAAAGCAAACAAAUUAUUGGUUAUUGUUUUGCUUGAACAAGCAAACACUGGUCUUACUGUGCCUUUGGGCACUGUCAAUCACGCAGAACUCAAUAUUGUAAAAGAAUACAAUUUACAAAUAUAUUACCAUGUCAGUUUGUACAAGAUAAUUAUGUCUCCCCCAACAUCUGUAUCUUUUUACCUUUGAAGGAUUUGAUUAAAGAUCAAAUAGAAAGUA